AUCAAGGAGCCCGACUCCUUCGAUGGGACUAAGGCGCGAUACGACGCCUGGAAGCAGCAGGUUCAGCUCUACGUGGGAAGCAUGGAGAAGGAUCGAGCCCUCACUACCAUCGUCUCCUUCAUCCGCGGAGAACGCGUCGAGCGCUGGAGACAGGCCUUCUCGAAGAAGCACCACCAGGACGGCACCUGGACCUUCGCGACCACCGGCAACUUCUGGACCGAACUCGACAAGAUUUUCGUCGACCCCAACCUCGCGAAGACCGCACAAGCGCGGUUAGAACGCUGCUACAUGGGCAACCGCACCGCGAACGAGUUCUUUCAAGAUUUCGAAGAGCUCGUCGACCUCGCUGGCUUCAAGACCACAGACCUCCACGUUCUCGACCUCCUACAACGCAACACUCGCACGAACAUCAUCCAGACCAUCUACGCGUCCGGCAGUGAGCCCGCCGACUAUGACGCGUGGAAGGCGCGC